UCAGUCGACAAUCGAACACCUUUCGUGGCUCACGUUCUCGUACAAUGUAAAUAGUGCGUAGCACGUUGUUACCUGAAACAGUGAUUAAUCCAAUAUGUUUAACAAGAAACUUUACUUUGCGUUAUUAACAUUGUUAGUUGUUAGUAAUGUAGUCUGCGGGAAGAAAUCUAGGAGGAACAAACGACCCAAGGAUCAAGAGGAUUAUACUACCAUACAGCCUAAUGUUGUUGCCUAUUCAACUUUUGGAGUUAACGACGUUGUUUCCUACGAUGGCUUCGUGCCAACCUCACCGGACUACGCCACCUUCCUGAGCGGGGUAAAUCAAGAAUCUACAACGAGAUUAUACGCUCCUGCAUUUCCAAGUUCCAUGGAUACAACUGGAUUCGGUGGAAAUUAUGGCACUCAGGCGUUUGAAGGUCACUCCUUCGGUGUGAACGAGGUCAACAUGGGCCAACCUAGUGGUAUGUUACAAUAUUCCUCAAAUUCAAUGAACUUCUACAACAAUCCUAAUUUUGGUACGACUGCUGAACAAAACAGCAAUAAUGAUUCUGAGGAUACUAGUGGUCGCAAUCAUAACGCAGAAGAGACAGAUUCACCAGUAUAUGGUACCAAAAUAAAUUCUCGACAAAGGUACAGAAUAAAUAACACUGAACCUAGUAGUUAUAGUAAUGGUUACUCUAACUUAUCUGACAACAAAUAUCUGCAUUUUCCCGAACCAGAGCAACCUCACGAAAAUAAACCAGCAUUUAGUGAAUCUAGUGGGAGUUACCAAAAUACCAAUAGUUUUGUCCAUAAUUAUGAACCGCAAGAAAAUGAAGACUCGGUUAAAAUGUCGUCCGUGCUAAAAUUUCCUAAAGUAGUGGAUUUUACAAAACUAAAACCAUAUUAUCCCACUGAAUUGGAUACUAGUAAGUUUUUCUCAGAGGUUAACCAACCAUCGAACGAACAAAAUUCUAUGAAAAACACUCAAAUAGAAAAUACGUUUACACAUAAUUUCAAUACUAAUACGAAUAAUAACAAUCAGUUCACGGACUCAUCACCAAAAUUAGUAGACCAUUACAAUAUGAAAAAUAACGAAGAACCUAGUGACAAAUCCGUAACUAAAUCCAAUAAUUACUUCGAACAAGAUUUAACCUACAAUCACGUUAAUACACGUCACAAAAAUAACGCGGCUAGCAACAAACCACUGGAGCCAAAAAAGAAAAUCAAGAGUAAGCCAUGGUCUUCAGGCAAUUACACUAAUGACUUUACAAACUGGAAAGACUCUUCUGUUAAGAGCUACGGAUAUUCCACGAAUUUUAGUAAUAUGAACUUUAAGUAUGAUGUCAGUGAACCUAAAAAACCUUUUAAUCCUGAUGAGAUAAUAUCAGCAAGUAGCAAUGUUGAUUUAACAAAUUAUCAAUACCCAGAUUCGGAAUAUUCAAAUUUCAAGAAAAUGCCUGAAGUUAAUGAAGAUGAUGAUUACAACAGCGUGUCAUUUAAAGACAAAUCUAAAUCAAACGAUUAUUUGAAUCGAUUCAAGAACUCCAUUAGUACUAUUCCAACAACUACUUCUUAUUGGGGUAAUGUUUAUCCAUCAUUCAAAGAUUAUGCCAAGAAACCUCAUUACAGUGAAAUAGGAACCGAUGUUGUUAACAUUCCUAAAAGACCACAUAAAUUAAACUACCCAAAACAAUUAGACAGCAAACUACCCGAUUGGCCGUAUACUCACAUCAACAGACCUCAUAAAUCAAAUAAACCUACAAAUGAUUGGACCAAAGAUUUAUUCGACACUAGAUUCAAAUCUGAGGAAGAUUUACUUGGUCUGAGAACACACGAUACAUCACACCCUACGUAUUUACCGACAUUCAAGCCAAGCAAUAACGUUUAUGAUAAUGACAAUGAAUUCAAAAACCUCGUCGAGAAAUGGAGACUCUCAUAUUUGAAGACUAAAUUUAAAGAUACACCUGUACGAGAUUACGAAAGUUAUGGGUCUGAAACAAAAGCUACGCAUGUGCCGAUUCCGAAGCCGUACCCGAUAGAAGUCCCUCACCCGGUAAUCGUUCCGGUGCCGCGUCCGUUCCCGGUGCGGGUGCCGGUGUCUAGGCCGGUCGCGGUGCCCGUGGUGCGGGAGAUCACCGUGCCUAUUGAGAAGCCGGUGCCGUACCCCGUCUACAAAAAGGUUCCCUACCCGGUAGAGAAGCUAGUCCCUGUGCCUGUCGAGAAAGAGGUGCAAGUGCCAGUUGAGAAACCCUACCCAGUACAUAUUCCCUACGUGAGGCCAGUGUUCCACCACACGAAGCCAGUGCACGAGGACCCUGAGCAUAUAGAAGAGGAAGACUUCAUGCGUCGACCCGAAAUAAAGAAACCUACUCAGUACAAGAAGAGACCAUACGGAACUCGUUACAGAUCACGAAGACCAUCUCGUGCAAGUUACCAGCAGGAUCGCAAUAGGCGGCGGUGGCCUGAGCGUCGUCGUCCAAGUCAUACAAUUGAAUACAGACAUCAGUCCAGACCAACAGAAUUCCACUCUCCCCCAUACAAACACCGUGACUUCGAGCCAGAUGAUGAUGAAACCAGUGAAUAUAGAGAAUAUUGUAGGAGAACGGGAAACUGUUGAUCUAUGAAAAUAUUUCCUAACAGUGAUCAAAGACUGCUGUUGUAUCUAAGCUCCCAAUUUUUUGGAACUUAGCUUUCUAAUCAUUGCAUUUGUAGAUUUUCUUAUGUUAUAGAAUGUUAAGUAUUGUAGGUUUGAUCCCAAAAUGGAGAAUAUUGUUGUACCGGAUUAUUGGGAGUUAGAACGUACGAACUUUAGUGUGUUUCCGAUCGAUAUGUUGUUAUUAUCGUUUUGCAUUUUUAUUCCAUACAUAAGGAAACUUCUGUACUGACUAUGAUAUUACUUUUUACAUGUGUAUUUCUUGUUGAUUAAUUUUUACUCUGAGAAAAUCUGUAGAGUAAGUGUUUCGAUUGGUUUUAUAAGCCAAUGUGCCAAAUAUUCUUUAUUAUUCUAUUGUAAGAUUGUAAGUAAACAUUUUCAGUUUUUAAUUUUUACAUUGUUUAGUUCUAUUGUUAUCUUGUCUUAUUUUGUAUAGUAGUUGUAAUUAUUUAUCGGUU